UAGACAUAGAGAAAGAUUGAAAACUAUGUAGAACACAAGUAAAUUUGUGAAAAGUGUUUUGUGUAUCACAAGACUCAAGCUGUAUGUUGUCCCACUCUACAUUUAGAGGUCACAUCUAGGCAUCAUCCACCAAUCCUUUCACCUUUUCAUAAACAUUGCAUACACCAUUCCAACCCCAUCUUCACUUAAUUCUCUUUUUCUAUUUCCCAAUCGCAUGCAAACAUACCCUGAUUAACCUUCCUUCCUUCCACUCAUGGCUUCAACCUCCCACAACACCACCAACAAGGAUAACUCUUCUUCUUGGACACGUAUGCAGAACAAGCAAUUCGAAAGCGCACUUGCUUUCUACGAUCAAGACACCCCAGAUCGCUGGCAGAACAUAGCCAGAAUACUUGGUGAUAAAUCUGUUGAGGAAGUUAAGAAACACUAUGAAAUCCUUGUCGAAGACCUUAGGCAUAUAGAGUCUGGUCGUGUUCCAAUCCCCAGUUACAAGUCCACUCAUGAUCAACGUAAUCAUCAAGAGAGGCCUCUAAAGUAUCUUAAUCAGCAGUGAAUUGACCAAGUCAACUCAAGUCUCUAUAGCCACUAAAGUUGGAACAACACAGAAUGCAAGACCAAACAUUCUUCUUCUUCUGUUUUCCUUGUUUAUGUCCAACAAACAUCCAACACUUUACUUCUCUUUACAGUUCAGAUACUAUGUGAACAAUAUGACAUAUUUGAUAGUGUUUGGUUUCUGUUUUCAAGAUCAUUUAAAAAGAAAAGAAAUAAGUUUGAUGGAGACA